GUCCUCUGCAACUCCCCGCGGGUUGACCAAAGCUCCCUCUUUCGUCUUCAAGCAAAACCCCAUGGCUUGGGCUUGGACUCAUAUCACCUCAUACCUCGUCAUCUUCUACUGUUCUUUAAUUGGUUUGUCCGAUCUCUAUCGCCGCGUCGAUUCGUCGUCAAUCGGUGCCAGGCACCGGCACCGGCCGCCCAUGGUGAUCCCUUUACAGUUCUCGUCACACAACUCUUCGUUGCGCCUAUCCGCUGAAAAUCGGCGCCAUCUCCAACAAUCUCAGCUCCCUACUCACACCCCUAAUGCUCGCAUGAGACUCUACGAUGAUCUCCUCUCCAACGGUUAUUACACGACGCGGCUAUGGAUUGGAUCGCCGCCCCAGGAGUUUGCUCUGAUUGUAGAUUCGGGGAGUACUGUAACUUAUGUUCCAUGUUCUACUUGUGAACACUGCGGCAAGCAUCAGGAUCCAAGGUUCCAGCCAGAGUUAUCUAGCACCUACAGACCUUUGAAAUGUAAUCCCAGUUGUAAUUGUGAUGAUGAGGGAAAACAAUGCAUUUAUGAAAGACGGUAUGCUGAGAUGAGCUCAAGCAGUGGGGUGCUAAGUGAGGACAUCAUUUCUUUUGGCAAUGAAAGUGAACUUGUGCCUCAGCAUGCUGUUUUUGGUUGUGAAAAUGCAGAAACAGGUGAUCUUUACAGCCAACGUGCUGACGGCAUAAUGGGUUUGGGUCGUGGCAGGCUAAGUAUUGUCGACCAACUUGUUGACAAGGGUGUUAUUAGUGACUCAUUUUCAUUAUGUUAUGGUGGUAUGGAUGUUGGUGGGGGUGCUAUGGUCCUUGGCAGGAUUUCUCCUCCUGCUGACAUGGUUUUCUCUCAUUCUGAUCCUUUCCGUAGUCCAUACUACAACAUUGAACUGAAGGAACUGCGUGUCGCUGGCAAACCAUUGAAGUUAAGUCCAAAGAUCUUUGAUGGAAAGCAUGGAACAGUAUUGGACAGCGGAACAACAUAUGCCUACCUUCCGAAAGAUGCUUUUAUUGCAUUUAGGAAUGCUGUCAUGAAAGAGAUUCAUUUUCUCAAACAGAUCCAUGGUCCUGACCCAAAUUAUGAUGACAUUUGUUUUUCUGGUGCUGGAAGGGAUAUUUCUGAGCUAUCCAAAACUUUUCCAGAAGUUGACAUGGUGUUCAGCAAUGGACAAAAAUUAUCCCUGUCUCCUGAGAACUACUUGUUCCGGCAUACAAAGGUUAGAGGUGCUUAUUGCCUGGGAAUCUUUCAGAAUGGAGAUUCAACUACUCUUUUAGGAGGAAUUGUUGUGCGCAAUACUCUGGUGACUUAUGAUAGGGAGAAUGAUAAGAUUGGCUUUUGGAAAACUAAUUGUUCUGAACUUUGGAGGACACUGCAGUUGCCAAAUGCUUCUGCACCAGCACCAUCAGUUUUCCAAAAGAAUGAUACGAAUUUUGAGAUGUCUCCUAACCUUGCUCCAAGUGGAUUGCCUCCUAAUGUUCUUCCAGGUUCAUUUCGAAUUGGGUUUAUAACGUUUGACAUGUCAAUUAGCAAGAAUGAUUCCGAUGUUAAAUCCAAUGUCACUGAACUUGCUGUUUUUAUUGCUCAUGAGUUGGAAAUUGACAAUUCACAGGUUCGUUUGUUGAAUUUUACAUCCGAAGGAAACGAAUACCUUAUUAAGUUGGGUAUCUUUCCUGGUCAAUCUGCCAAUUAUAUAUCUAAUACCACGGCACUGAAUAUAAUUCUGCGUUUGAAGGAACAUCGUUUGCAUUUGCCUGAGAGGUUUGGGAGUUAUCAGUUGGUUGAAUGGAAUGCUGAACCUGAAAUGAAUCUGAACUGGUGGCGGCAACAUUUUCUGGCUGUUUUUAUUGGAGUCCUUGUUAGUCUUCUUGCUUGCUUAUCAACCAUUGGGGUAUGGUUGGUCUGGAGACGCAGAUCGCAAGUAAUUGUUACAUACAAGCCUGUUGGAACCAUGGUUCCAGAACAAGAGCUUCAGCCUCUAUGAGACCCGAAAAUUUCACCAAGGUCUGCUAAUCUCAGUCGGUGCAUAGUGUUUUUUGUUUAUUACUGAUCUGGCAAGAGAAAUGAGGUGCGACAGAGCACUGAUGAUUCCUAUUAACACCAUUGAAGCUAAGAUUGUUGCAGUCCUCUUUUUGGUACAAUGGAGAAAGAGGAUGGAUGGCAAAGGAAGAAAAAUGUAAAACAUACUGAAAGUAAUCGUGACAUGCUUGUAAUUUUGGAUCAAAUGUUCUUGAAAAAGCACAUGUAUUUUUAACUGGAAUGUAGAAGAUUCAAUUAGUGGAAAAUGCAAAUUAUAGGCAUUACAAACGCUUGUUGUUA